UACUACAUCACGAUGGACAAGAAUUUCGAGGAUUACUAUGGCAUUUUGAGGAUAGAUCAAAACGCAUCGAAUGCUGCCAUUCGAAAAGCUUAUCUUGAUCUUGUAAUGAAGAAUCAUCCGGACAAGAAUCCGCGACAAACUGCAAAACAACUGGAUUUCUGUAAGAGAAUUAUUAAAGCAUAUCAAGUAUUGUCGGAUCCCAUGCAGCGUAAGGAGUACGAUCGAAAUUACCAAGAAAGAAAGAAGCGACAACAGACGAACGCUAAUCAACAAGGAAGAGGCAACAAGGAGUCACAUGGAAGCAAUAGCCAAAAGCAAAAAGAGAAUUCCAAGCCCCACAAUAACCAAAAUGGUCAUUCUUCGGGUAAUCAGGAAAAGAAGAAAUACGAACACCGUCCAAAAAGCGAACAGAAGGAGAAUAAUCAUAAUCGACAUUCGUCAUACAAUCAGGAAAGAAGUCAUCAACAAAAUACUGGUCAACAAAGAAGACCCAACAGCGAGCAGAAAGAAAAGCCAAAGCCACAUUAUAAUCAUAAUGCACAUUCUUCUGGUAAUGAAGGAAGGCAUGACUGGCAUCGUCAAGAUGAACGGGAUCGAAACCAGAGUAACUUUCAAAAUCGACACCAUGCAUAUUAUCAGGAGAGUUGGCAGGAGGAUUAUGACUUAUAUGAAAUGCUUGGCUUACGGAAUAAUGCUACUCAAAAUGAUAUUCAAAACGCUUAUUUUAAUUUAACACAGAGACCUGGAAUUGCGAAAUAAUUAUGACAGCCAAAGGAAUAAACGCAAUCAGUUCACUAACAGCUUUAGAAACAUCAAGAUCAACGAAGUCUGUCGGUAUUUUUGUUACGGACUUGGUAUUUAUUUGUCGUACAUUUGGAGGUAUCCCAUUGGAAGGUUACUUAAAGAUGUUUGCUAUACCUGCCUUGGAAUCGUAAAUCUAACGUAUACUGUUUUCUCAUCAGUCAUUUUCAUAUUAUAUAGUGCGACACGCUUUAUCUUCAGGGUUUUGCCGCCAGUUUGCAAUGGAUUGAUAAUUGUAAUCAAAUGUUUAACAGAAGUGAUUUGUUUUCCAUUAACUGUAUUCUUAAAUUAAAUAGUGUAACUAUUCAGAAUCAUUCUAUAAAAUAUGAAUAUUCAAAUAAUUAAUUUUAAAAUCUUUUUUGUUACUAAUUCUUAAAAUAAAAUUAUUAUGAGUCAAUAGCAUGUAUAUUAUCGCACUGACGUUCUAUAAUAGAUUAUUAUGUAUCAUUUAAGUAAUUGUGUUGUCACUAUAAGCUUAAUUUGUAAAUUCAUUUUUUUAAGCGCAACUUGUUCACUAUGAACACAAGUAGGGAGGAUUGCUAUGGCAUUUUGGAUGUCAAUCAAAACGCAUCGAGUGCUGAUACUCGAAAAGCUUAUCACAAUCUAGUGCUUAAGCAUCAUCCAAGUUCAAGCGCUAGGAACUAACUGGAAUCCUGUAAGAGAAUAAUUAAAGCAUAUGAUGUUCUAUCGGAUUUCACAUUCCAUAAGGAUUACAAUGAAGAUUAUCAGAACAGAAUCAAAACCAAACUGCAUAGAAGCUGUAACCGGAAAUCCAAUUAUUUCUAUGGAAACAUUGACAUUAUUUAGGCUUAGGCUUUAGGAAUGUUGUUACCUUUAUUAUGGACUUGUUAUUUAUAUGUCGUACAUUUGAAUGUAUGGUUCUCCAAGACGUCUUUAAGAUGCUGACAUGCUUGACUUGGAGUCAAGUUCUCACAUCAUCAGAUUACAUAUCUAUCACUUUAUCUUCUGAAUUUUAGCGCUAGUUUUCAAUGGAUUGAUAAUUGGAAUCAAAUGUUUAACAAAUGUGAUUAGUUUCAUGUUCGAUGUAUUAUUAUAUUAAAAUUCAUUAUUAUAUAAAAUAAUAAAAAGUAAAUCAAUUCUUUCAAAGAGGAAGGCCUAAUUUUGAAUAUAUAAUUUGUAAUCGUUAGAAGAUGAAAUAA